AUGGCUUCGGCCCUCGGCCGUACGAUGUUCUCAUGGCUGACGGCAUGGUCGAUUCUGGUGGCUUUCGUUUCCUUGAACGUGCAGCGAGCAGCCGCAGCGGACAACACGAGGUGGAUACAAUAUACCGGCAACGAUGGCACAGUUUGGCUCGACGAUGACCGCAGACCGUCGUUGUACACUCAAGACUAUGGUGAUUGCCAGGGCGAUUCUCUGAUAAAUGUUACUCGUUUCGACGCGGCUUACUACAAGGACAACAUGACGGUUCUUUUCCAUCUGGAGGGCCAUUCGGCGUUGACAAACGAGAGCUUGAUGUUGUACAUCGGCGUCUACGCUUACGGCGAAUCGCGUUUUAACCUGACGUUCAACCCGUGUGUCGCCAACAUCAACAGUCUCUGCCCUAUCAAUUCUUCAAUUCCCAUCAACGCAAAUGGCAUCAUCCCGGUCGCACCCUCGGACGUGGCCAACAUUCCCUCGAUAGCACUAACGAUACCGGACUUUGAGGGGAUGGCCGUACUGCGGAUUUUCGCCAACUCGACUGAGUCUCAAAUCGCCUGCUUCUCGGCGGUGGUUACGAACGGAGCUUCGUUCUCACAUCCUUCUGCCGUGGCCUCCGUUCUAGGCGUUUUCGCCGUGAUCGCACUGAUAUCAUCAAUCGCAACCUCAAUCUAUGGACAGAAUGUCCCCGAGAUGCGCACGCAUUAUGCCCACUCCGUGUCCAUGUUGGUCGUGUUCGCGGUCUAUCAUCACAUCUUCUUUACUGGAGGGCUGUCGAUGAAUUGGCCAAGCGUGCUUGUGGCGUUCUGGAGCAACUAUGCAUGGUCGGCCGGUAUAAUCUACAAUCGGAACAUGCAAAAUACCAUCAAUCAGUUCAUUGGCAGCAACCGUGGCAACAUCAGCAUGAUUGGUGCUGCGCCGAACGGUGAGAAUGCUGUUGGGCUUGGUGGUGGGUACCAAAUAACGCAGAUCUACAAGCGGGCAACUUCUGCUACGCUGGAAUCCUAUGGGGGGGUGUUGAAGAGACAGGCGGCAGAACCGACCAACACGACCAGCGGCACUGCCCAGUUUUCAUGGUAUGGGAGGCCCGUGCUCCCCGGCCUUCCUUUACCCGGCAACUACUCCGGCUUUGCUGGAACUCUUGCAGAAUUGAACAUACCAGCCUCGAACGCCUUCAUGACGGGGCUGUUUUGGUACCUCAUAUUCGUCGCCUGCCUGUUGGGAUCUCUAAUCCUCCUUAAGUGGAGUAUUGAAGCUCUUGCUGCCUGCCACAUCGUCAAAACAACUCGGCUCGGGUACUUCCGGAAGCAUUGGCUAUGGUUUGCGGGUGCAGCUGUCCUGCGGACAUGCUACAUUGCGUUCUUUAUGAUGAUGUUCCUCACAAUGUUCCAAUUCACCUUGGGCGGAGCUCACGGCGUCAAGGCUCUUGCAGCAGUGAUCCUUUCGCUGUUUCUUGUGAUAAUGCUUGCCAUUUCGGCACUCGCGAUAUGGUACAGAACUAAAUCCGAGCCUCUGCCGGAGAUCCUCGACCAGGCUUCUCAGGGAUCUGAGGGAAGCGAAAAGACAGGAAAUUCUGCCUGGUAUAAGAUCAGCUUCAAGAAAGCGCCCGAGAACCCGGACGCCCGUCCCAAGACUACCUGGUGGCGAAAGCAUCUGCCAAACCUUGGUUCAGGCAGAGUCCAUCCACACGACGACGAGAACUACACGAUCAAAUUCGGCUGGCUUGCCUCUAGAUUUCGCAGGAGUAAGUGGUGGUUCUUCUCCGUCUGGUUGAUCUACGAGCUCGUCAGGGCUGCAUUCUACGGAGGCGCCGCAGGGCACGCUCUAGUGCAGGUCUUCGGUCUGCUUGCUUGGGAAAUCAUUGCUUUCGUUACCGUCCUCUUCAUGAGACCCUUCGAAAGCAAUCGCCUCAAUCUGAUUAUGGUGUACUUCCUUGGCUUCAGCAAAGUGGCGACAGUUGCACUGGCGUCGGCUUUCGAUGCUCGAUUCCGACUUGACCGUAUCAUCACCACGGUGAUCGGAGUGGUCAUCAUCGUCAUUCAGGGCAUCCUGACCAUUUGUCUUUUUAUCGCCAUUGUCCUUGGAGCGAUUUCAAGUUAUAUGUCGAUCACUCGCUACUCAGAGACCAUUAAACCGCGCUCGUGGUUCAAACCUCGAACCCGUUACUUCUCACACAUUGACUACAAAGCAACUGAUCGACCGAAGCCGCCUCCGCCGCCUCCACCACCAGAGCCUGAACGUCCAAAGGAACCUUACUUUGCAGUCUCCAGCGUCCGUCGGGAGCUCAAGAUCGAGGACGAAGAUCCUGAAAAUCAAAUCCCUGAAGUCAGCAUGUCUCCGAGAGCAUCUGCAGACAUGGAGAAACAUUUCAACCGUUCUCGAACCACAUCCAUGCUCUCUCGGACUAGUAUGUCGAACCUGCCGUAUGGAGCGAGGCCCCAUCGUUCGAGCUGGAGCACAAGAGAUUUCCAGAGCCUGGACCUCGACCAAGGCCUAAAUCCUAUGCAUGCAAGAAUGAGCACUGAGAGUAUCCGCGACGCCCCCAGCAGAAACCGUGCAGCAAGUCUGCGUGGGCAGUCAAGAACUGGCACACCAAUUGGUGAUGUGGCUGAUACGCCCAAUGGCUCGGAAGCUCCAGCUAUCCGACGUGGACACCGGCGCAGCACGUCGACACCACUGGGUCCAAAACGCAACAGUUCGACCGUGGCGGAAGAAAAGGAGCACGACCCAGAUAACAUUCCCUCAGAGCCGUAG